CCCUUUUCACAACGUGUUUCUAGAGCACUGAGACCAGGACGCGUCAACAUGAAGGCAAUUCUAGCUUUGUUGUUUCUCGCAGCAAUUUCCGUCUUUGUUCAAGCAGAAUGGGCGUCGGAAUUCCACCCUCAGGCCAUGUUGGAGUACGUGAGGGGAGAAGACCAUGAAAUGAAGAGGCAGCUUUAUCAUUUGGUGAAGAUGGACAAUGGCUUCGAGACAAGCUUCAAGCGUGAGUUUCAGCCGAGCGUCAGGCCAAGCAUUCAACCAGGCUUGUUAAGAUGUGUUGUGCAGUUCAAGAGAUGUAAGAAUGCAGCAGACAGCGCCUGUGAGGAAUUGGGAUGUCUCAAGCAAUUUGGCUUGUGUCUCAAAAGUGCAGACUACGAACCUUCCGAGGAAGUGAAAAAGUGUUUUCCCAUCAUCCCUUGUUGUAUGUUGAUCAGCAAAUCGUGCGAGGAAAAACUUUGCUGUGUGACACGAUUUGGGGAAUGCGUAUACAAAUUGCACAUUGGAAAAUUGCAGUAAAGAAAAACGACCCCUUGUCUUGGAAACCGGAAAAAUCUAACAAAGCCUGCAAAUUAAUUGUAGUUUAUAUCGAUAUCAUGUUGCCAUCAUGUAACAAGUGUAACAUUAAAAGAGCCUGAUUGUUAUAAAAA